AUGAUGACUGUACUGCUUGAUGGAAAGCUCUUCUUGGCACACAUUGGCUCAAAUCCUCAGGCAGGUCACCCUUCGGUUAUAGACAUUAGUACAGGUACUGGAAUUUGGGCAAUGCAAGUAUUCGAAGACUUUGCAGAUCAAUUCCCCUCAGCCCAAGUUAUAGGCACAGAUUUGUCUGCCAUCCAGCCAUCCUGGGUUCCACCAAACCUCAAGUUUGAGCUUGAUGACGCGCAACUUGAAUGGACGUACCAGCCAAACUCGUUCGAUUUUGUUCACAUGCGGACGCUUCAAGGCAGCAUUGGUGACUGGCCAGCAGUAUAUUCACAGGCCUUAAAGUGUAUCAAACCAGGCGGCUGGAUCCAGGAUAUGGAAAUGUCUAUAAUGUGGAAGUCUGAGGACGGCACCAUCACCGAUGACCACUUACUUAAUGAAUGGUCGCGGAUUUCUAUCGAGGCUGCAAAGAAAAUUGGUAAGACCUUUGUGAAUGCGCAGGUUACCAAGGAGAACAUGAUAAAGGCGGGAUUCGUGGAUCUGGUUGAGAAGAAGUACAAGAUGCCAGUAAGAGGCCGGAGCAGCGAUCCAAAGACGAAGGAACUUGGACGAUGGAACGCGUUAUAUUUCCAGCAGGGCAUCGAGGGAAUAUGCUUAUAUCUAUUAAACAGAGUGAUGGGUUGGGUGUAUAAGGAGGUGCAGAUGUACAUUGCGAAACUGCGAUCAGCGCUCUUUGAUCGCAAAUCACAUCCUUGUUAUGAGAUAUACGUCGUAUACGGCCGCAAACCAGAAGCAUGA